AUGGUAAAUGCAGUCAGGCUGUAUUUGAUUGAAUGCGGGGGAUUUAUUUAUAAAAGCGAAAUUGAAGAUGAUACGGCGUGAAAAAUAGUAGCUGCAUCAGUAAUCAGUGAAAUUUGCCCAUGGCAAGUAUAUUGCUUAUAUAAUAAGGAGACAAUUUAUAAAAUCAUUUAUCUAAUAUUGCGAGACUUUUAAUUAAAUUUUUAUUGCUAGACUCAGUUAUUUAAUAAUUUAGAAUAGUUAAAAAAUUUUUUUGUUCGAUCGCGGUGGGUGAUUUUUUGGUCAAAAAUAAGGAUUUUUCCAAUAGUUUUGUUCACUAGCGAGGCAUAAAUGUUUAUUUCAAAGAUGGCAUCACUUGCUAAAAAAGAAAGACAAGGGUAUAUUGGGUGCAGAGAUCUGAAUGAAUAUUACAAAUUUAUCUGUUUAGCAAAAAUAUGGCUGCGAUUUUACACACCUCGCAGGGGAGCUGUUCACUUUUUUAAUUAUUGUUAA